AUGAAAUCACAGAUUUUACGUUCUAAAACUGCUCAUUCAAAGUGUUUUAUACAAUUAAGAGUAGCAGGGCAAAUUUCUAAGGACAAGUUUCAUAUAUAUCCUUUUUUCAAGCGUUUUUUUUCGUCAUAUUAUGACAUUUUAGAGGUGCCGAAAGAUGCAUCUUAUAUAACAAUUAAACAUAAAUACUAUGAAUUAAGCAAGAAAUUCCAUCCAGAUUUGCAUAAAAAUGACAAAGAAACAUAUAAAAAAUUUUUAAAGAUAAAAGAAGCAUACGAAGUAUUAAGUAACAAAAUAAAACGAAAGGAACAUGACGAAAAGAUAGGGAUAAGUGAAAAAAAUUACUCUGAUUUGUCAGAAGCUCUAAGAAAAACAAAUUACAAUAGAUUGGAUGAGAAAAUACAAAAAAAUAAAGAAAAUUCAGGAUAUUCUAGCGAAGAAAUAUAUGAAAACAAUUCUAAAUACUAUCAGAAAUCACAAGAAAAUCUUUAUGUCAAUACACAAUUUGACUAUGAAGCACAUUACGAACCUUAUUAUACGUAUGAAAGACAUAGAAUAAAACGUAUAAAAAAGAGAAAUGAAUUUUUUGAUCCUCGAGGAAAUCCAUGUUUUACAAAUUUUUUUUGCGUUUCAACAAUUAUUUUAAUUGUUAUUUUAUUGUCAUCAUUUUUACGCUUCAACAUGAAUAAAAAAUCAAGAAAACAUUAUUCAUUUACAAAACCUUUACCGUAACAUCUUAUUUAUCUAUUUUAUUUUGGAUUGUUUAAAAACAUUUUAAAACUAUGAAAAAAUAAUUUUAUUUAUUUUUUGACAUAUAUUUAAACUAUUAAAUAUAUUUCAAAAAAAUCAGGAUAAUAAAUACAGUUUUUUCAUGAUUUUAACCAAAUAAGACGAAUUUCUCUAAAAAAAAAUUUCAAAUUAUACAUAAAAAAUUAAAAAACAAGAAAGAUUUUUCAAAAUAUCACAACAAUUGCUUCAAGAAAAACUCAAA